GCGAAAGGUGCGUGAAAGAUUUGGUGGUGGAGUUUUUUCAAGUGCGAAAUUUCGCAAUUUGUCGCUUGCAUUCUUCACAAUCCGCGAUAAUUAUUUUCCAUUAAGCCAGUACGAAGGGCACUAAACGGAAAUGAGUACAGUUAAAACGGUUUCCACGACCGCAGUCACCAGUAACCUCGUGGAAAUGUCGACUAUAAAGCAGACGACAUCCAGUGCCAGUUCGCAGCAGCGCUUGUACGGGAAGAUUGUUCUAACGUUGGAAAAUUGCCUGCUCCCGGAAUCCAAAUUCGAGCUGACGCCUUCCCAAGCUGAUGGUUUGGAUCGGGAGACCGAAAUCGACCUGCGAAUAUUGGGCUGUGAAUUGAUUCAAACAGCUGGAAUACUUUUGAAACUACCCCAGGUGGCAAUGGCAACCGGUCAGGUACUAUUUCAACGGUUCUUCUAUUCGAAGUCCUUCGUACGUCACAGUAUGGAAGCGACCGCAAUGUGCUGCGUUUGUCUGGCAUCAAAAAUCGAGGAGGCACCUCGACGCAUCCGCGAUGUUAUAAAUGUGUUUCAUCAUAUCAAACAAGUCCGUGGACAGAAACCCCUGGUGCCGAUGAUUUUGGAUCAGCAUUACAUCAAUCUGAAAUCGCAAGUAAUCAAGGCCGAACGACGGGUGCUGAAAGAGUUGGGCUUCUGCGUUCAUGUCAAACAUCCACACAAGAUAAUUGUGAUGUAUCUGAAGUACCUGGAGCUGGAGAAGCAUCACAUGAUGCAGAUGGCGUGGAAUUUCAUGAACGAUUCCUUCCGAACCGAUGUAUUUGUGCGCUAUCAACCGGAGACAAUCGCAUGUGCGUGCAUCUACCUAACAGCCCGCAAACAGAACAUUCCUUUACCUAGCAAUCCGGCCUGGUAUCUGAUAUUCCGCGUCAGCGAAGAAGACAUGCUAGAUGUUUGUUAUCGGAUAAUGGCCUUAUACAAACGCGCCAAACCGAAUGCCGAAGCACUGGAAGAGGCAGUUGAUAGUCUCAAGAAGAAAUACCAAGAGCAAAAGAAGAAAGAUCGGUCCGAAACGAAUACUCCGCCGGCAGUGGUAACCGUAGACCGUAACAAUGGAUCGCACAAUGCAUGGGGCGGUUUCAUCUCCCGAGCUCUUCCGGUGACGAGCAAUACCGACAACAAUGGAAACAAUAAUAACGAGAAAGAUACCAAAAAAUCACACUCCAAAUCUGGUUCCCGGUCACCACGGUCCCGUUCCAGAUCACGAUCGCGAACUCCGUCUCGCUCCAGAUCUCACUCACCUUCAAGAUCAUCGCACUCCAAAACAAGGUCACGCUCGCGAACGCCAGUUUCCCGUUCGCGGUCACGCUCGCGUUCCUCGGCGGCCGCACAUUCACCGUCACACUACAACGACAAAGGUGGAUCGCGCAAAUCGAAAAAGACCCGCAAUCGUUCCCGGACACCCUCUAAGGCUGGCGGCAAACGGAAGGCUAAGCGCUACAGUCACUCUCGUUCGGCAACACCCGAAUCACCGCCAAAGUAUAAGAAGAGCGAGAAGAAGUACGAUAGGCGACGAGACGAGCGCGAUAGUCGCUACAUGAACGGCAGCGAUCGGGACCGGCCAUCCAAGGCUGGUGACAGGGAACGCGAGCGAGAUCGGGACCGUGGUCGGGACCAUAACCGGGAUCGUAAUCGAGACAAGAGUGGAUAUGAUCGGGAUGAAUAUCGAAAGGAUCAUAGAAGCAGUCAUGGCAAUGGCGACAAACGGGACAAGUAUAGCAGCAGCAGCAGCAAUCGACACAGUACCAGCGAUCGGCAUCGAUCAUCGAAGCAUGCUGAACGAGAGCGGGACCGACGACGAUAUGAUGAAGCAAAAGUACAUUCGCAGUACUAGCAAUUAGUUCUUGUAAAAAGAUGCCGACUUUUUAAAAACUCUAUUCUUGAUACAAUGACUGUAAGUAGAUCCACCUGAUAAGCCAGCAAAUUGCUCUACCGAUUGCUGCAAGAGUCUGUUGCAAGAAAUUGCAAUACGCAUUAUUGAACGUGAUAAUGAAAACACAUUACAGUUGUUAGUUGCAUCUGCCGAACCAAGGGGUGGCAUUGCCGUGCUCGGGGGCAGUGGCUUGUAAAAAAAGUAUCUGAAUUUACACUAAAGAUAGCCCGAGAGAAAAAUAAAACUGUCAACAA